AGAACUGGAGAAAAAGACUGAAUCGCAAAUCUCCAAUUUACUAGACUACAUUAUUGAUAUGAACUACUAUGAAACACCAGUGGGGGGCAGCACGGAGCCGCUGCUGCAUCUGCUCGGCCUCCGAGGGACCGGAAGAAGAUGACGGCGCAGCAGUUGAUUACUUUCGUAACAUGACUCCUAGAACGUCUUUACAAUAUUAAACCAAAGGGGAUGCUGCCGCUAGUCGCAGCCGAGUUGACCCCGGUGCAGCUGUAUCGACACCUCCUCAGGUGCUGCAGGCGGUUACCCACCGACGCCAUGCAGCAGCAUUACCGACACGCCAUCAGACAGGGUUACACCAGUCACUCGGAUGAAGACGACCCGGAGAGGAUACAGAUGAUAAUCCAAAGAGCCGUAGCAGACGCAGGCUGGGUUCUGGAUAAAUACACCAAGAAGAAGUGAAGCUCCUAAACCUGGUGGGAUGUUUAGUUAUUGUGAUGUGAACAUCUGCAAUGAAGCAACAUCUGCUGUGUUGAGAUGAGCGAUCUAUAAAAACUGUAAAUACUGUUCCUUGAUCGAAAUGACAUGACUGUAUACUGUGAUUAUUUGUUUAAUAAAUUAUAACCCCCCCAUA